GUUUCAGAUGGUGGUGAGAGGGGCUCUGGCUGCUAUGGCAGGAUCAGGGGCGUCGGCCAAGGCGAAAGAGGAUCUUCUCGCUGCGGAGCAGGCGCAGAGACUGCGACAGUCUGCGCUUCCCUGUCGGAUCGCCGCGCACCCUCCCCCCAGGUCCCUGCGAUGGCACUGGCGGUGCUGCGGGACUGGUGCGGCUGGAUGGGCGUGAACGCUCAGCGCUCUCUGCUCAUCCUGGGCAUCCCGGAGGACUGCAAGGACCAGGAAUUCCAGGAGGCCGUGCGGGCUGCCCUGUGGCACCUGGGCAGGUACCGAGUGCUGGGCAAGGUCUUCAGAAAGGAGCUGGGGUCCAGGGUUGCCUUGGUCGAGUGUGCUGAGUAUUUAAACCGAAGCUUGAUUCCUCGACAAAUACCAGGCACGGGAGGGGCCUGGCCUGUGGUCUUCCUGCCCCAGGCCCCCGAUUCUGAGUCACAGGAUAGACCCAAUUUCCCUGCCCAGCCCCAGAGACCAGCAUUGGUUGGCAGGGCAGGUGAGGCAGGAGCUGCAGAUGAGGCAGGAGCUGAGGGUGAGGCAGGAGCUGAAGACGCGGCAGGAACGCCAGGUGAGGAAGAGGUUGCACAGGAAGUAGAGGCUGCAGAGGAGGAGGGGGCUACAGGUGAGGCAGGAGCUGCAGGUGAGGCAGGAGCCUCAGGUGAGGAAGGGGCUGCAGGUGAGGCGGGAGCCGCAGGUGAGGAAGGGGCUGCAGGUGAGGCGGGAGCCGCAGGUGAGGAAGGGGCUGCAGGUGAGGCGGGAGCCGCAGGUGAGGAAGGGGCUGCAGGUGAGGCGGGAGCUGCAGAUGAAGCAGGCGUGUCAGAUGAGGAGGGAGCCGCAGGUGACACAGGAGUUGCAGGCGUGGCAGGAUCCUUGAGUGUGGCGGGAGCGGGAGGUGAGGCAGGAGCCCCAGGUGAGGAAGCAGCUGCGGGGGCAGCAGCAGCAGCCAUAGUCGAGGCGAGAGCCGGGAACCGGCCAUGGAGGCAGGUCUUGCAGCCUGUGCUGGAAAACAUGGGCUCUCAGGGCCUGAGACCCUUCUCUGGGCUGGAAGAGCCUGGCCCCGGGGAGGAGUCCUUUGAGAGCUGGCUGGACCACGCCAACGACAUGCUGUACCUGUGGCGCCACGUGUCUGAGAGGGAGAGGAGGAGGAGGCUGGUGGAGAGCCUGGGCGGCCCCGCGCUGGAUCUCCUGUGUGGCCUCCUGGUGGAAGAUCCCGACAUGGCCGCACACGACUGCCUGGCCGCGCUGGUGCAGGCGUUUGGGAACAAGGACACCCGGGUGACCGCACGGCUGAAGUUCAUGACUUGCGCCCAGCGGCCCCAGGAGACUCUCUUUGCCUACAUGAUGCGCCUGGAAGGCCUGCUGCAGUCGGCCCUGGAGAAGGGGGCCAUCCACCCGGCCAUCGCAGACCAGGUGCGCGCCCGGCAGGUGCUGAUGCGGGCCCGCCCGAGUGCUGCACUCCAGAACAGGCUGAGGAGGAUGAGGCUGGAGAGGAGACCCCCGGGCUUCGUGGGGAUGCUGCGGCUCAUCCGGGAGACCGAGGCACCGGAGGCUGGCCCAGCGGGCAGCGAGCAGCUCCAAGUGGAAGAAGAGGCCCGCGUGAACCCUGGAGACCUGGCAGGUGCCCCAGCUGUCCCGGCCCAGGAAUAUGGUGCCCAGGCCUCCUCAGCCCAGGAGGUCGUCACCGGGGGCACCACUGCAGAUGGAGCCAAGGCCUCCCCAGCAGGUGAAGGGACCGCCCAGGGUGCCCUUUCCAAGGAAGGUAGCACUGAGGCCACCCCAGCCUGUGAAGAGGCCAGCGAGGCGGCUCCUGGCACUGGCGAGGCUGGUGAGGCUGACCCUGAAACUCACGUUGCCACUGGGGCAGCCCCUGCCCCUGGGGAGACCAGCAAGUCCUCCCCUGCCACUCAGGGAGACGAAAAUCCUCCCAUCCCUGCAGGCCUAGAUAGGCAGGGCUUCCUGGGAGUCAGGACCCUCAGACACCCCCAGGCGCCCCCAACUGCCCAGAUGGGUAGUGCUUCCCGGGAGGCCCCAGGAGGUCCUGGCUGUGAGCCAGAGAACCUCACCCAGGCAGGAGACCAGGAGGCUGAGGGGCCCCCCGAGGAGGGGCUCAAGCCCAUCCCAGAGGACCCGGGAAAUGAGGACAGGGCUGUGGAGAUGAGCCCUCCCAAGUCCUCCUCGGGUCAAUAG